UUUAGAGGGAAUGAGACCUGUAGGUUUAGAGGGAAUGAGACCUGUAGGUUUAGAGGGAAUGAGACCUGUAGGUUUAGAGGGAAUGAGACCUGUAGGUUUAGAGGGAAUGAGACCUGUAGGUUUAGAGGGAAUGAGACCUGUAGGUUUAGAGGGAAUGAGACCUGUAGGUUUAGAGGGAAUGAGACCUGUAGGUUUAGAGGGAAUGAGACCUGUAGGUUUAGAGGGAAUGAGACCUGUAGGUUUAGAGGGAAUGAGACCUGUAGGUUUAGAGGGAAUGAGACCUAUAGGUUUAGAGGGAGUAAGACCUGUAGGUUUAGAGGGAAUGAGACCUGCAGGGUAGAGAGAGAGAAUAAAGACUGCCUCACAUCGGAGCUCUGCAUGUAUCAUGGUGAUCCUUCAGGAGGGAAACCGAGGUUGCCAGCUUCAACUCUGCUUUACUAAACCCCCUGUCCCUAAACCCCCUGUCCCUAAACCCCCUGUCCCUAAACCCCCUGUUCCUAAACCCCCUGUUCCUAAACCCCCUGUCCCUAAACCCCCUGUUCCUAAACCCCCUGUCUCUAAACCCCCUGUCCUCCUGCUACCCCCCCAAACACCAUGUUAAUCUCCUCUCAGGCUGAAUACCCCCUGUCCCGGUGACUUUACACGGUCCCUGCUAUCCCCCAAACACCAUGUUAAUCUCCUCUCAGGCUGAAUACCCCCUGUCCCGGUGAAUUUACACGGGUCAGUUCCUGCUAUCCCCCAAACACCAUGUUAAUCUCCUCUCAUGCUGAAUACCCCCUGUCCCGGUGACUUUACACGGUCCCUGCUAUCCCCCCCAAACACCAUGUUAAUCUCCUCUCAGGCUGAAUACCCCCUAACCCCUCUACCUCAAAUGGGUCAGCUCCUGCUAUCCCCCAAAACACCAUGUUAAUCUCCUCUCAGGCUGAAUACCCCCUAACCCCUCUACCUCAAAUGGGUCAGUUCCUGCUAUCCCCCCAAACACCAUGUUAAUCUCCUCUCAGGCUGAAUACCCCCUAACCCCUCUACCUCAAAUGGGUCAGUUCCUGCUAUCCCCCCAAACACCAUGUUAAUCUCCUCUCAGGCUGAAUACCCCCUAACCCCUCUACCUCAAAUGGGUCAGCUCCUGCUAUCCCCCAAAACACCAUGUUAAUCUCCUCUCAGGCUGAAUACCCCCUAACCCCUCUACCUCAAAUGGGUCAGUUCCUGCUAUCCCCCCAAACACCAUGUUAAUCUCCUCUCAGGCUGAAUACCCCCUAACCCCUCUACCUCAAAUGGGUCAGAGACCUCAGAGAAAACACACCGCCUUUCCUCUUAAUAAGACAAGCUACAUAUUCCAUUCCCUUUAAGUGAUCCGGGACAGGGACAACUGAUCCUAAAUCAGCACAGCUUCUACUACUGAGCUGUUGUGUGAAUACAUAUGGGCCCAGACCUUUAAGUGAUCCGGGACAGGGACAACUGAUCCUAAAUCAGCACAGCUUCUACUACUGAGCUGUUGUGUGAAUACAUAUGGGCCCAGACCUUUAAGUGAUCCGGGACAGGGACAACUGAUCCUAAAUCAUCACAGCUUCUACUACUGAUCUGUUGUGUGAAUACAUAUGGGCCCAGACCUUUAAGUGAUCCGGGACAGGGACAACUGAUCCUAAAUCAGCACAGCUUCUACUACUGAUCUGUUGUGUGAAUACAUAUGGGCCCAGACCUUUAAGUGAUCCGGGACAGGGACAACUGAUCCUAAAUCAGAAUACAUAUCAGCCCAGAAACCAAUGUCACCUUUUCUGUCAAAUGACCGACAUGGUCCAUUUAAGUGAGGUCUGUGAAGACAUUUAAGUGAGGUCUGUGAAGACAUUUAAGUGAGGUCUGUGAAGACAUUUAAGUGAGGUCUGUGAAGACAUUUAAGUGAGGUCUAUGAAGACAUUUAAGUGAGGUCUGUGAAGACAUUUAAGUGAGGUCUGCGAAGACAUUUAAGUGAGGUCUGCGAAGACAUUUAAGUGAGGUCUGCGAAGACAUUUAAGUGAGGUCUGCGAAGACAUUUAAGUGAGGUCUGCGAAGACAUUUAAGUGAGGUCUGCGAAGACAUUUAAGUGAGGUCUGCGAAGACAUUUAAGUGAGGUCUGAACACACUUAAGUGAGGUCUGUGAAGACAUUUAAGUGAGGUCUGUGAAGACAUUUAAGUGAGGUCUGUGAAGACAUUUAAGUGAGGUCUGAAAACAUUUAAGUGAGGUCUGCGAAGACAUUCAAGUGAGGUCUGAGAAGACAUUUAAGUGAGGUCUGUGAAGACAUUUAAGUGAGGUCUGUGAGGACAUUUAAGUGAGGUCUGAACACAUGGGUACUGUGUGUGUGUGUGGUCUGUUUUCUACUGCUAGGUGCUUUGUCCCAGUGUAUGAAUGUAAAUCAUAAAGACAUCUACAGUGUUCAGUAUCACAUGGACAGGGGUCAUGGUACCGUAAGCCUCUCUCUCUCUCGUCAUCUCUCUCUCUCUCUCUCUCUCUCUCUUUAUAGUAGGAGCUGGUUGGAAGGUAAACUGCUGGUCUCUAUUGAGAUGUGUUGUAUAGGAAAGCAGGCAGCAAUAGUAGGGAUCAGUGAGCUGAUCGAAAGCAGGCGGAGACACACACACACACACACACACACACACACACAGAAAGGAGGCUUCUCAGCAGCAUGCCAGUUUAUUCCUGCCCUUCUGUGAGGACGACCUGAGGCUGUUUCCUGACGGGAAUUAACCAACACUAGUAAUGUAGUGUUCAGUAAAUAAUGUACACAGAUAUAUCCUCUGUGUGGAAGGGUGAUGUGUUAGGCCUGGAGGACAGCCCAGUGGAGGACAACACAGUGGAGGACAACACAGUGGAGGACAACACAGUGGAGGACAACACAGUGGAGGACAACACAGUGGAGGACAACACAGUGGAGGACAACACAGUGGAGGACAGCACACUGGAGGACAACACAGUGAUAGACCUCCACAACACACUGGAGGACAACACACUGGAGGACAGCACAGUGGAGGACAGCACAGUAGAGGACAGCACAGUGGAGGACAGCACAGUGGAGGACAACACAGUGGAGGACAACACAGUGGAGGACAGCACAGUGGAGGACAACACAGUGAUAGACCUCCACAAUACACUGGAGGACAACAGUGGAGGACAGCACACUGGAGGACAACACAGUGAUAGACCUCCACAAUACACUGGAGGACAACAGUGGAGGACAACACACUGGAGGACAACACAGUGAUAGACCUCCACAAUACACUGGAGGACAACAGUGGAGGACAGCACACUGGAGGACAAUACACUGGAGGACAACAGUGGAGGACAGCACACUGGAGGACAACACAGUGGAGGACAGCACACUGGAGGACAGCACAGUGGAGGACAGCACACUGGAGGACAGCACAGUGGAGGACAACACAGUGGAGGACAACACAGUGGAGGACAGCACAGUGGAGGACAACACAGUGAUAGACCUCCACAAUACACUGGAGGACAACAGUGGAGGACAGCACACUGGAGGACAACACAGUGAUAGACCUCCACAAUACACUGGAGGACAACAGUGGAGGACAGCACACUGGAGGACAACACAGUGAUAGACCUCCACAAUACACUGGAGGACAACAGUGGAGGACAGCACACUGGAGGACAACACAGUGAUAGACCUCCACAAUACACUGGAGGACAACAGUGGAGGACAGCACAGUGGAGGACAGCACACUGGAGGACAACACAGUGAUAGACCUCCACAGCACACUGGAGGACAACACAGUGGAGGACAACACAGUGGAGGACAACACAGUGGAGGACAACACAGUGGAGGACAACAGUGGAGGACAGCACAGUGAUAGACCUAAAGUAAAGCUGAAAUAAUAAACUGCUGUUCUCCA